AUGAAGGGUCUCAACCUGCUCUGCUGCUGCGUGGCCUCGCUCCUGCUCCUCAGCACCGCAGAGCCGCGCGCCCCCGGCACGGACCACGGUGCUGCCGAAAGCCCCCUGCCAGCCACAGAGCCCCGGCUGGAGGAGAAGGUGGCUGAUGGCAGCCCUGAGGAGGAGCAAGACAGUGGCACUGCCAACGCCUCCUUGCCCGGCGCCGCUGAGGAGGGACGUGGAGAGGGGGAGGAAGAACCAUCACGGAGCCUGAGCAGGGGCCUGGGGCCAGGGGCCAGCCGGACAGAGGAGACCACCGAGGAGAAGGGCCAGGAGGGACAGAGCCCAGGGGAGGAUGCCAUGGCAGCACAUCACGGAGGGAUCCACGGGUCUGGCACACAAGUUGCCAACCAUGCCCGGGAGGAUGAGGAGCCUGGCAUGGAGAAAGGAGGCUCUGAGGAGCAAGGGCAGCCUGGGGAAGAGGAAACAGAGGAGCCAAGAGGAGCGUCUGCUCUGGAGGGGGGAGAAGAAGGGGAUGAGCAGAGUUCGGAGGAAGAUGAUGAGCAAGGAGAGUCUGACAAAGGUCAACACGGGGCGUCUGAGGAAGAUGGAGGCAAGGGAGAGUCUGAGGAGGAGGGAGAUCCUAAGGAGGAGAAAGAAUCUGAGGAAGAUGGUGAGAGGUCAGAGAAUGAAAGUGAAGAGGGUGACAAGGAAGCAGCCAGCACUUCCGACAAAGAGAGCCAUGGCAAACCAGCAGCUGCUGGCAUGGGAGAAGCCAGGGGUGGCCCUGCCAGCUGCCAUCACCCACCCUGUGAGGACGAAGAAGACCCGCCAGCAGCAGAUCCACCAGCAGCAGUGGAAGACCCACCAGCAAAAGAAGACCCCCCAGCAGUGGCAGAAGACCCCCCAGCAGUGGCAGAAGACCCCCCUGCAGACAAUCCCCCACUGGCAGAAACAGAGGUCCCCAUCACCCCCCCAGCUGCUGCCGAGCCCCAGCACAGCCAGAUAGAAGAGGUUGAAGAUGCCAGCGAGCCCACCAAGCGUGACCGGUCCCACUUGGAGAACACCCUCAAGCUGAACGAGGAAAAACCUGCCGAUGAUGUCUCAGGAGUACUGCAGCGGCUGAGGAAGAUCUACCACUCCUCCAUCAAGCCCCUAGAGCACUCCUACAGAUACAAUGAGCUGAGGCAGCACGAGAUCACAGCUUACCCCGGACGCACCCUGGGCUCCUCGGCCACAGAUGGGGAGAUCACUUCCAAGCCUAUGGUGCUAUUCCUGGGACCGUGGAGUGUCGGCAAAUCCUCCAUGAUAAACUACCUCCUGGGGCUGGACAACACUCCCUACCAGCUGUACACAGGGGCAGAACCCACCACCUCCGAGUUCACUGUCAUCAUGCACGGCCCCAAGCUGAAGACCAUCGAGGGCAUCGUGAUGGCUGCUGACAGCGCCCGAUCCUUCUCGCCCCUGGAGAAGUUUGGGCAGAACUUUUUGGAGAAGCUGAUAGGGAUCGAGGUGCCCCACAAACUGCUGGAGCGAGUCACCUUCGUGGACACCCCGGGCAUCAUCGAAAACCGCAAGCAGCAAGAACGAGGUUACCCGUUCAACGACGUGUGCCAGUGGUUCAUUGACAGAGCCGAUCUCAUCUUCGUUGUCUUUGACCCCACGAAGCUGGACGUGGGCUUGGAGCUGGAGAUGCUGUUUCGCCAGCUGAAGGGCCGCGAGUCUCAGAUCCGAAUCAUCUUGAACAAAGCCGACAGCCUGGCCACCCAGGAGCUGAUGAGAGUCUACGGCGCCUUAUUCUGGAGCCUGGCUCCUCUCAUCAACGUCACAGAGCCACCCAGGGUGUACGUUAGCUCCUUCUGGCCCCACGACUACCACCCGGAAACCCACAGAGACCUGUUCCUCAAGGAAGAGAUAUCGCUCCUGGAGGAUCUCAACCAGGUGAUUGAGAACAGGAUGGAAAACAAGAUCGCCUUCAUCCGCCAGCACGCCAUCCGGGUGCGCAUCCACGCCCUCCUGGUCGAUCGCUACCUACAGACCUACAAGGACAAAAUGACCUUCUUUAGCGAUGGAGAACUGGUGUUCAGGGACAUUGUGGAAGAUCCUGACAGGUACUUUAUCUUUAAGUCCAUUCUGGCAAAGACCAAUGUCAGCAAAUUUGACCUCCCCAACCGUGAGGCUUACAAGGACUUCUUUGGCAUCAACCCCAUCACCAGUUUUAAGCUGCUGUCUCAGCAGUGUUCCUACAUGGGAGGGUGUUUCCUGGAGAAGAUUGAGAAGGCCAUCACCCGCGAACUUCCCGAUCUCUUGGGAAGCAUCGGCUUGGGGAAGAAGCCCAACGUCCUCUCCUGCGACGUCACCGGCUGUGGUGAAACCCCAAAGAAUCGCUACAGGAAACCCUAAGGUGAUCCAUAACCCAACUGUCCACAUGUUCCUACUGGUGAAUGAGCUUAUGUCUUAUCUGUCCAAAAAGCCAUGGUUUGUUAACCCUUUGAGUGCCGCGCUGGCAAAGGCUGCCGUACGAUGAGGACUUUGAGUCGUUGACCUCGAUGGCAGGGGAAGAUGGGUGGGCAUAAGAAAGAGAAUAAAAACUGUGAAUUCCUGACAUUUUACCUUUGUUCUUUCGAGUAGAAGGCAAUGUUUAAGCUGUAAGUAUGAGCAAUGCACAGGGAGCUAGAACAGCAGCUGCUUUUCCACUGAUGCCAAGAGUGCGUGAAGAGGAAUUUCAACCUCUGCAUCCCUGAAGACACGAGGGAGCGAGCACGAGGGCACGGCAUGAGAGCACAGGGGAGAGCAGUGACACACUAACCCAGGCACCACCGGGAGCCCCAGGACAAAGUGCUGCUCAAGGAAAGAGAGGCCAGGACCCAGCUGUGGUUUUCUCGCACAAACACGCUACAAAUCUCGGCAAAUAUUGAUCCUGUUUUUCUUUCCAAGACUUCUAGGUCACCUGGUGAGUUCUCCUUCCAUUUAACAGCUGAGUUGAUCCUCUGCAGCCUUCACCUGGGCGUUCACCUUAAGGAGGGGCGUUUGCAGGGGUGUUUUUAGCUCCAGACAAGUAACCAUGAUGGGAUUUGGAAGUCCAUGUCAGAGGAGGAAGUGGGUUGGAAAGGAGUGGCCAGCACUUGCUGAGCUGUGCUGGAGGAGGAGCAGAUGGUCCCACAAGGAGCUGUGAGCAGGGUUUUAUUCCCCUGUGUCAGCACAGGAGAGGGCACUUUGUGCCUGUGAGUGUCAUUAACUCAAAAUCCACGCUGGCAAGUCCUACCUGCGGACCAGCAGGGCUCUGAGGGUGAGGAUUUGGCAGUUUGACCUUGUUCAAGUCUAUGCUGAUGAUUUUUCAGUCAGACUCCCAUGUUUUUGUGCUCCACAGAGGGAGGCAGGAACAGGGGGUCACUAGCUGUGAAGUGAAAAAGGUCACAUCCCUUUUGCCCACCUGCUGCUCUGCUCUCCCCAGGACAGUCCAGGCAGGUUUCUGGGGCUUGUUUUCCAAACUCCUCCCAUUUUAGCCAUUUGUUGGCUCAUUUCUGAGCAUCGCUGCUCAGUCCUGAAGGAGUAUUGCUUUGGAAGCACCCGAGCAGGGUGAGGUUCCCCAUGGACAGCUGACCUUGAAACCUGGCCCUCAUGGACAGCACAGCUGGCUGCUGACCCGAGCCCAAACCAACCAGGAGGUAGAUUUUUUUGUCCUGGAUGGAGACUGGCACCUUCAAGCCCACCCUGGACCUGCUGAACAUCCUUUGUCCUUCCUCCUGCCAAACGUCCAUGGUGAAACCUCUGGAGCAGAAGGACUUACCUUUGAUAAGAAACAAGAGGACAUGGAGGUGCUGGCUGAGGCAAGAAAAAGGCAAAAGGAAUGAAAGAGGGAAAGAGAAAGCUGGAAAUGGAAGGCUGUGUUGUGAUGGGAAGGGUGUGAAGGGCAGCACCCCACAUCUCCAUGUGUGCAGCGGGAUGUGAGCUAAGGCAGGAGAACUGUGGGAGCUCCACAUUCCCCACGUGCUGCGAAGAAAAGGUCCCCUUGAGUCCAGGUGAGUUUGGGGGGACGCUGCCCCAGGGACUUCCACACUCCUGACCUCUGCUUUGAGGUAGGACUUUACAUUUGAACUAAUAAAGCCAAGAUCCAGAUCUACGUCCAAGCACGGGAAGGGACACGGCUCAGGCAGAGGGAUUUUGCCUGCAGUGCAGAGGGACUGGAGGUGCAAGGGAAGGCGAGCAGGAUGUCAGAGAGAGCAGCAGCCAGAGCAGCCUGGAGAGAAAUGAUGUGCUCAUGAGUCAGUGCAUGAGCUCAAAGUGCUGUUUCAAACCUGCCCAAGCGCUGCUGCCCCUCCACUGCCGUUCCUUCUUUCUUGUACAUGAUCCCGUUGCUCAUCGGUGUCCCUCUCUGUCUCACUGCUCACUCUCCUCCACUCGGCUGGUCUGCAUGGUUUUCUCAAGAGGUAAUGGAAUUGAAACACUGACAGAAACAGGCUAAUGCUGCCACUGUUCCUGCUGUUGCACUGUGUGUCACUGUCACAUUGAGCAAAGGCCAUCAAACAUUUCUAUUUGCGAGGUUUGUAUCGCACCAUCUCUGUCCUUGUCGCCCUGUCCCCCUAAAGCCCGUGGGGUAGCCAGGGAAAGGCCCCCCACCCCACAAGGAGGAUUGCCCCUGAAGGCACUGUUGCUCUGUUCUCAGGCUGUUCCCAUUGUUCCCCCCAUCCUUUCUCUGGUUUCCUUUUCUCUUGCUUUAUUUUCCAGCCCUCAUCGCCUCUUCUCCUCCCUUCCUCUGCCCUUCGGCACCUGCAUGCCCCGUGCAAAACCCUGUGCCCACGUCUUGGAUGUGGCUCCUCUGUGACAGCAAAAACCUUUUUCCCCCUCUGGUGUGCUUGGGUUCUCUUUCUGAAUCAGUGGCUUCAGCAGUGGUGGUCUGUUCCCUGCUCCCCGCCACGCACGAUGACUCUGCUCCGUGCUGGCUCGGGGAGAUGACACCACUGCGAUGCUUCCUCUCCCGUGGCUCCAAGUGGCUGUCAGUCCCAAGAGGAUUGCAGUUCCCAGCCCAGCUCUUGCUGAGCUUUCUUAGGAGAUCUCUGGGAAUGUGGGAGUGGAAAUGGGGAGCAAGGAGGCCUUUUCAUUCUGCGAAGAAACCCCAAGCACCCACAGCACUGGAGCGGUGAGCGUCUCACCCAAGAGCACUGCGGGAGGGAGGGAGCUGGAACACAGGCCUGUGUAGAUGCCCAUGAUCGUGUGCAUUGGGAUAAAACUGUCAGCUUGAACAUCAGCCUGUCUAAUAAA